CCUCGGCCCUCGGCCUUUCUCAUCAUCGAGGGUCGAUACCCACUUCUGUAUCAUUGGGGUCUUACGCACCUUACCGCAUACCUCGAGGCAUAGGGCCUCAAGCCUCGCGCGUUCCGGGAUGCCUUGCGCGUCUCGCGCGCCUUCACCCUGCGCGUCCGUCCCGCGUGCGUCGAUCCUCGGGCGUACGCACGCACCUGCCGUCUGCGCGCUUCUGCCCGUGCCUUCAUGCUGGCCAUCCUUGCACGCCCCGCGUGCAUUUCUCUCGACAGUGCGUACCUCAUUCCCAUCCCCAUCUCCUUCUCCUCCUCGUCGUCAGCACCAGGCCCCUCCGGCCAUGGACCUCGCGCAGCUGAUUGUUCAGUUUCAGCGCAUGAAUGCGCCAACUUUCUCGGGGACAGAGAACCCCACAGUUGUGCUUGAGUGGAUGAAGGAGUUGGACAAAAUCUUUGCUGUACUUCCCCUUCCCGACUGUCAGUGCGUGUCUCUUGCGGCGUAUCAGAUGAAGGAAGACGCCUCAGAUUGGUGGAUUGAGCUUUGGGCUCGGAGGCCCGAGGCGGAGCUUCAUGCUCUCACUUGGGAGCAAAUGAAAGUGAUGGUGCGCAGUAAGUUCCUCCCUCAGAGCUUUUGGGACAGAAUGGAGCACGAAUUCUACCACUUGCAGCAGGGUAGCUCCUCGGUGGAUGAGUACAUCCGCACUUUCACCCGUAUGUGCCUUUUUGCGGGUGAUGCGGUGAACACUGAUGCUAAGAAGGCCCGGAAGUUCCUCAAGGGUCUCAACCAGAGGAUUCGCGAGCUGGUGGGAAGUCAUGGACCCAUGUCUUAUGCUGAUACCGUGAGCCGAGCCCAGGAGGUGGAGAGCUGCCUCAUUCCGGUUGUUCCCAUUCCAUCCUAUCCUCUUGCCUCUCAGCCUCCUCAGACUAUCCAGUACGCUCAGCCCAUCUCGACCGUGCCGCCCGACUCUAGUUCGGGUAAGAGGAAGUCUGACUUCAAGAACAAGGGCAAGGGCAAGAAAGGGAACUUUGGCAGACGUGACGACCGACCCACUCAGGGUCAAUUGCCGAGGUGCCCCAAAUGCGGCAGGUUCCACACUGGAGAGUGCUUAGCAGACCAGCGAGCUUGUUACAACUGCAACC